GUUUUGCUUUCUGAGGCGAGGAUGUCUGGAAGAGGGAAAGGCGGCAAAGGUUUAGGCAAGGGUGGCGCUAAGCGCCAUCGAAAGGUUCUGCGAGACAAUAUCCAGGGUAUCACAAAACCUGCGAUCCGGCGCCUGGCUCGCCGCGGUGGUGUCAAGCGUAUUUCUGGUCUUAUCUACGAGGAGACUCGGGGCGUGCUCAAGGUGUUCUUGGAAAACGUUAUUCGUGAUGCAGUCACCUACACUGAGCAUGCCAAACGCAAGACCGUCACUGCCAUGGAUGUAGUCUACGCGCUUAAGCGUCAGGGCCGCACCCUCUAUGGCUUUGGAGGGUAAAUGCUCAGCUUUGUCUCACAAACUCCCAACGGCCCUUUUUAGGGCUACCCACACAGUCACUAGGAGGGCUGACUCGCUUUGUUGAUGCAAGUUGUAGUCACCUUGAAGCUUUGCUAGGUAAUAGUGUGUUCAAGAAGAGUAGUUUCUGAGUUGCAGAUAAGUGCUAAACUACAAAUUUCAAGAGUACACCUGUAUAUAGGCCUGGCUGUUACAGUUUUGUUGUGUAAAAUAGUACCUUAUGGUCACUGGGAAUGGUGGAAGCAGAAUGGGCACCAUCACUAGCAUUCGGUCUAGAUAAAUAUGCCCCGUACAAUCUCAAAACAAUUCUAAAUCUAUUAGAACUGCCAGUGUACCACCUGAUCGAUGCUUCAAUUAUUGACCUUCUGGCCUGAUACUCCAAGUCCAUUAAUGCUGAAUAGUGUUUUGUGAUGUGAAUGCUUCUGCAGCUCAAAGUCAAGCCCAGCCAACCAGGUAACUCACAAAGAAGCUUACUAUUAAGUUUUUGGGCGUUUCUGGUAACUCCCCUAAUCAAUCCAUGAAAAUCCAUUGAUUUUCUUUACUUAAAGAGGCCUUGGAACUUAGCAUAGAAGUUUAGAAUCAGCUUUCAGUGAUAGCAAUGUAAGGAUACAGAUAGAGGUGUUUAAUGUGGUCUGAUAAAAGCUGAACAAAUACAUAAUCAUAACUGAAAAUAUUUUCAAGACAAUUCAGUUAUGUGGCUUACCUAUUUGAGCCUGUUGUAGCUUAAAGUGAGACUUGUUAAGGUGCCUGCCAUUAGUAACAGAAAGUACCAUUCAAUUUUGAUCAGGAAAAAGACAUUUUCUUUAUCAGUGUGGCAAAAAUACAGCAAGUUAAUACUUCGUUUCUCAUAAACUCCUGAUUUGAAGAUUGGCGGAUCCACAAAAACACUUGGGUAGUGAAUUUAUAACGGUGCUUUAGCAGUGGAGUCAGCAACGGAUGUAUGCAAGACUUGCCUUCCAAGAGCCCAUCACUGGAACAGAAAAACAAUAGUUAACAUUUAAAAAUGUACCAGGGGAAGGGUCCCCCGGUAUAGCUCAGUGGCUCAGCGCCCGCCUGCCUAACAAAGACAAGGUCCUGAGUUCAAUUCCCAGUACCAAAAAAGAAACAAAUGUACAAGAUAUGAUCAAAAGAUACAGUUAAUGUUUAAAUUUGAAAAUAUACCACAGUAAAAGAUACAUUAGC